GUCAAAUAUAUUUAUUUGUUGAUUAAUGACAAUGACAUUCUUUUUUAAUCACACUAUUAAGAAAAACCGGUAUGUUUUACGAGUUAUUCGUACUUAUAGUUAUGAUGUUACCAGAGAAAACCUGAAAAUUGGUAAAAAUACGAAAGUUAUUUGCCAGGGGUUUACUGGGAAACAGGGUACUUUCCAUAGCAAACAAGCGCUGGAUUAUGGUACUAAAUUCGUUGGCGGAGUGUCUCCAGGAAAAGGGGGUAAAACCCACUUGGGGUUGCCGGUGUUUAAUAGCGUUAAAGAAGCUAAGGCAGCUACAGGGGCAGAAGCUACUGUUGUAUUUGUUCCACCUGCAGGAGCUGGCAAAGCGAUCAACGAAGCCAUUGACGCCGAAAUACCCUUAAUCGUCGUGAUCACCGAAGGCAUUCCUCAACACGACAUGGUCAAAAUCAAGUACCGCCUACUCCACCAGCAAAAAUCGCGCAUUGUUGGCCCUAACUGCCCGGGCAUCAUCCACCCAGAGGCAUGCAAAAUCGGCAUCAUGCCCGGCUUCAUUCAUAAGAAAGGCUCUGUGGGCAUAGUCUCCCGCUCGGGAACUUUGACAUACGAAGCUGUCCACCAGACUACCCAAGUCGGUCUCGGUCAGUCGCUUUGUGUCGGCAUUGGCGGUGAUCCCUUUAAUGGUACCAAUUUCGUGGAUUGUCUAGAUAUAUUUUUGAAAGAUCCUGAAACCAAGGGGAUUGUACUGAUCGGUGAAAUAGGAGGAUCUGCCGAGGAGGAAGCUGCCGAGUUCCUAAAAGAGCAUAAUUUUGGUGUUAGCGCCAAGCCGGUGGUUGCGUUUAUAGCUGGAUUGACUGCGCCACCUGGUAGGAGGAUGGGACAUGCGGGGGCUAUAAUUUCCGGAGGAAAGGGGAAGGCUCAGGACAAGGUGGUGGCUUUGGAGGCUGUGGGGGUGAAGAUAGCACCCUACCCGUCGGUCAUAGGGCAGACGUUGUUCGAAGAGAUGAGAUGGUUGAGGCUGAUUUGAGGAGAUUUUGACUUGUGUUAAUCCUAAAUCAUAUAAAUUAAUAUGGAUAAUAAUAAGAGAUAUGUGAACUAAUCAGAUUAAUUGUUUAGUGUUUUAAGUAUGAACAGUUCUAAAAUUAUAAAGUGAAUAGUGAGUAUAUUAUUUCUUAUUAAUUUUUAUGAUUUAGGUACACCUAGCUGUUAUUUUUUCUAAAUUUAUUUAUUUAAUAAAACUAUUGAUAGUUUAAAGGUAUUUGAUAUUAAGUUAUUUCCUCACUCUCCUUAGUAGGUAUGUUUAUAAAAUAAAAAGCAAUAAAAAUUGUAUAUUUCUCCAAUCACGUAUCAUAGCAAAUAUCAAAACUGUCCAAUUAUAUGAUUGUUUGUUAAUUAAAAUUAGCUAAAGGACAUUUGUACAUGUAGCGAAAUAAAUUGAAAUUA